AUGGACGGCACAGAUGUAGAGAAGUUGAAAUUGGCGGAGGAUAAAGCUGAAUUGCAGUGGAUGGCAGGUGUUGUAGCGUCUGAAGUGGGAUACCUGUACUUUGUUGGAGACGUGGAUGGGUUCGAGGACUGGAUGGACGACGUCGAGCAGAGCAACCUGUCUCUGAUAUACAGGAAAGUUGAGACAGGCGAGGAAGAAAGCGUAGAGAGCGAAGAGCCGUAG